GCUCCAGCAUUUCUUCAGCACUGCAUCCUCUUACUGCCCAGGCUUUGCUUCCCACAAAGUCACUGAGUGCUCUUCUGCAAACAUGGCGAUGGAGAAGAAAGAGCUGCAGUUACUGAAUAGCCUCUUUGCCCGCUACAUCGAGAAGGUCAAUAAUCAGGUGAAUUAUCAGGAGCACAAUGAGUCCAUCCAUGACAUAGUUGAGGAGAAGAUGAACGAGCUGUUGAGCAUGGUGCGUGAAGAAGACAAGGAGGACAUAAUCAGCGAGCAGAAAACCUUAACAUUGAGGUUGGAAGCUGAGAAAAAAAGAAGAAUAAGUGCAGAAGAACAGUUAGAUACGAUUAUAAAGGAGAAGGUUAAGGCUGAGCUGGACUGUGAGUUUCAGAAGAAACGCACUGGACUGCUGGAGCAGGAGAUCCAGUUCUUGAAGGAGAUCUAUGAAAAGAAGAUCAAUGAGCUGCAGCAUCAGAACCAGACUGAGACCGAUAAUAACAAUUCAGACCUGAUGGAAACACUGGGAAAGAUCAGGGAGCGUGUUAAGAGGAUCAGUCUUGAAAAACACCAGUCAAAGAUGCAGAAUAUAGAGUCAGAGUUCGGGGGAAUGAAAGAGAAAAUGACGAAACUGAUGAAAAACCUAAAAGGAUAUGAGGAAAGACUCAACAACAGCACGGACCUGGAGGCUGAUAUUGAACAUUAUGCAAAGCUGCUGGAAAAAAUGAAAGAAAGGAUUAAUACAGGGAAGUCACAGGGAAAUGUGGAUUCAGAUGAAGGUAAGAACAAAGAUCCGGACGGUGAUUACGAUGACAAUGGGGGUGACACAGAGUAAAUCCAGUCAUCAAUAUAACGGCAGAAAAUAUGACAACUGGCAGGAGAGAAGAAUAAUUAAAAAAAACCACUAAUCUGUCUUUUCUUGGUGGUAUAAUUGUAAAGCUGUGCUUCUAAACUUAUUUGAUCAUUGAGUGGUGGGAUUUUUUCAGUAGGCCAACUAACUGACUUUACUAACAUGAACUUGUGUUAACUUUUAAUUGAUUGAUAGAAGAACAUUUUAUGGGAUUGGACAGUUUGGGUCCCUCUGUCAGUGAAGAAGUCGAUGACAGUGACAGUGAUGACCCCAAAAUCUGAUCUGAGCAGCAGUUAGGGGGUCAGGGGUCAGUUAAGGGUCAGACAUAUGUGCUGUGUGUGGAAAAGUAAUAGCUGUUUAUUGUUAAUGUGAAUGAUAGCGUAUAUGUGCGUGUGUGUGUCAAGAGCUCGGAGAGGACUUCAUGAUACCCUCAUGUAAAGUAUCAGCAUGCAAAGGUACUUCGAGAGUCAAAUGACAGAAAUGUAGCAUCCACUUCUGAUUCAAUGUCAGACAUACAGAGACAUACAAUCUCACACACAGACUCACCUAUGUAUGUAUGAGCACACACGUUUGGUUGUUGGAAU